AUGGCCAUCCAGAUUCCUAUCGACGCGAUCACCUCGCGAUUCGGCGAGCGCUUCAACAGCGUCCGCGCCCAAGGCCUCGGAUCGCGCUUUGCCAACCUCAAGCCGGUCAAUGAGUUUCUGGAUUUCAAGCGUCUAUCCAAGCCCGCCAAUUUCGGUGAGGUCCAGAGCCGCGUCAACUACAACCUGUCCUACUUCUCCAGCAACUACGCCGUCGUCUUUGUUAUGCUCAGCAUCUACAGCCUGUUGACCAACUUCCUCCUCCUCUUUGUCAUCCUUAUUGUCACUGGUGGUCUGUAUGGUAUCGGAAAGCUCGAGGGCCGCGAUCUGGAAUUGGGCUUUGCCCGUUUCAACACUUCCCAGCUCUACACUGGUCUGUUGAUCGUCGCGGUUCCUCUUGGUAUCUGGGCUUCCCCUAUUUCCACAGUGCUCUGGCUGAUCGGAGCUACCGGCGUGACCGUGUUUGGUCAUGCUUCCUUGAUGGAUAAACCCAUUGAGAAUGCUUUUUCCGAGGAGGCGGUCUAG